AUUGGGGGAAGAAUUUAGAAUCGAUUCUGAAUUGAGAAAAUUUUGGGUUUGUUCGGAUAAAAAGCUUCUUCCUCAUUGACUAUUCAGUUUCCAUAUAAUUCGCAUUCUGUGGAUGAUUCCAUUUCAUCCCACCUUUCUCUCCGAUCGGCUCAUACUUCACAGAUUCUCUCACUCUCCCAUCUCUCUAAAUUCAAUCCUUUCCUUAUCAUCUGUUGUUCUGUUUCAGUUUCUUUCGCUUUCCAAUCCAUACCCCUUUUCCUUCUCCCUCUUUGACUCUCAUUUUUUGCUGAAAUUGCGCUUUGAUUUGCCCCCAAUUGCCUGGAAUUUGGAUUUUCUGAUCUGGGGUUUCGAUUUUUUCAUCUGGGUAUUGGAUUUUGCUUCUGGGAUUUGUGGGAUGAAGAUCGUGGAAUUGGAAGAUGCUGGAAAUGACCGGGAAACUGAAAUCGGUAGUGGUCAGAUUGUGAAAGUCGAUGCUAAAAGAGCUUUGGUUGGGGCUGGGGCUCGAAUCCUGUUUUACCCUACCCUUUUGUAUAACGUGCUUCGGAACAAAAUGGAAGCUGAAUUCAGAUGGUGGGAUGAAGUUGAUCAGUUUCUUUUGCUGGGUGCAGUGCCCUUCCCCAAAGACGUGCCGAGAUUGAAGAAGCUUGGUGUUGGUGGUGUUAUCACUCUCAAUGAACCUUAUGAAACACUAGUUCCAUCUUCCUUGUAUUAUCGCCAUGGAAUCGACCACUUAAAGAUCCCAACGAGAGAUUAUUGUUUUGCUCCUAAAUUUUCUGAUAUCAGUCGAGCUGUUGACUUUAUUCACAGAAAUGCAUCAUCUGGUAAAACAACAUACGUCCAUUGUAAAGCAGGACGAGGAAGGAGCACAACUAUUGUGCUUUGCUAUUUGGUCAGACAUAAGCACAUGACCCCAUCUACUGCACUGGAAUACGUGCGCUCUAGAAGACCACGUGUAUUGCUCGCCCCCUCACAGUGGGAGGCUGUUCAAGAAUACAGCAACCACGGACCCGUUACGAGUUCUAGCUCACCCUCAGGAGGAGAUGCAGUCCUCAUUACAAAAGACGAUUUAGAAGGAUAUCAUGGAACAUGUAUCGAUAGUGCGGGUAGAGAACUUGCAGUAGUCCCUAGAAUGGGUAAGUCAAAGCCCAUGAUAGCAAGGUUGUCAUGCCUCUUUUCCUCUUUGAUAGUUCAUGGCAGUACUGGAUCUCUCAUUAAGCGUCUGCCCGCACCGGAGGCUCGUGCUUGUUGAUGAUGACCAUGGCAACCUCCUCUUGUAUAGAUGUGUCAAGGAAGUAAGAAUCAAACUCUUGAUUAGAGUGGAGAAGUGAAUGGAAAAGGCUCGAACAACGUCGUUUGCCUGAAGCUCGUAGAACACUAAACAGUGAUUAGGUUGUACAUAACUGGUACAUCAAAAUUUUCCCUUCCCUUGAAUAAUCUUCUCAAGAAAACAGAGAAAACCUCAUGGUUUGUGCUGAUGGAAAAUAUUAAGGUUGUUGGCUACAGAGUCAAAAAAAAAAAAAAAAAAAAAAAAAAAAAAGUUACGACCUUACUUGAACGAGAUCUAUUCUAUAGGUUGUAACCAUGUCGUGUCUUCUAUAGGUUGUAACCAUGUCGUGUCUUCUAUGGUUCCUUGUAGCAGCAGCAAAAACAAGUUCUAUGUAAACUCAUGAUAGCUUAUGCCACAUGUUGAAUAUUUGAAACGGCAAACCCAAACCUCAAUGGAGAAAGUAACUUUAUUUAAA